AUGGCGCAACGCCUUCUGGACGUCACCGGGAGUGCUCAGCGGCCAAAAUCCAAAAAACGUGUCCUGGAAAUUUUGUCCGCAAAUGCAUCUACACCGUACGCGGCGACGGAGAGUGGCCAGAAGCGUUGUUUUCUGGACGUAACCUCGAGCGUGACGUCGUCACCGGCGGUGACGUCCUGCACGCCACACUCGUCGGGGUUCUUUUACACCUCCAUGGUCCGCAUUUCACGUGGCGUUCAAACGAUUGUUCCACAGACAGCCAACCGCCAGUGUCAGGUGUCGGUGAUACGGAAGAUCCGGUCCACGGCGGCCACGCAAACCACACCGGCACGAGAAGACGAGGAGGAUCCCGUAAGAGACGAAGUUGGUUGCCAAACGGAUGAUCCCGCGCCCUGCCAGGAAACUGGCUGUGGCCCGAGUCAACCACUGGUGAGCUCUUCGAUGGAUGGAGUCGCCUGCCAAACGGAACACUCUGCCCUGUCGGAAAUGGCCUUUACGCUGGCCGACAGCCUUCAGACCAGGAGGGCUUCGGUGAACGAUGAGGACGUCACGCAGCCAUCGCUCAGUGACCCGGUCACGGUGUUUCUCGACGGUAUAGCCCAGGAGUACGGCAUCAAAACAUCCACCGUCCGAAAGAAAAAGAAAAAGAGGAACAAAGAGAAAAACCAUGCACUUAGCGAGGAAAUGGUGGAGGCGAUGCAGGAGCGGAUCGUGAGCAAAGUGAGCAAAGAGCUUACGCAGAAUCUCAAUCGGACACUAUCGCGGUUGUUCGCGCGACAUCUGAGCGCGUAUCGGCGCAAACUAGUGAUCCAUCGGAAACGGCAAAUCCGCUGGAUGGAGCAGCAAAGACGUCACCGAGCAUCCGCCGGUUUGCGCAAGGUGAUCGUCUGGCGCAAACCGUUACGACCGGAGGUCGACGAAAAAGCGGUCCAGUGCGAACCCGACGCGAAUGGACCGAGAGUGGUGAAUGUGGGGACGCAAUGGAUACGCCAGAAACCACAGCAAACCGGUGCCAAGCGGAAGGCCACGAAGGUGCCACCGGCCACCGAUUCGAAGAAACCACCGGCAAAGGUAGUAGCCUCGAAGAAUAGUAAGGCCAAAGUAGCAGCAAAGGCAGCACCCAGUAGCGCUACUAGCAUUCAAUCUACUACCAUUCCCACAGGUUCACGGAAUUGUCCCCCGGCAUCGUCCGGUGCCGGCGUUGUUGAUGAUGGAUGCGACGAAGCUACUUCCCGACGACAACCGAUGCGACAAACCAAGCUAUCCGGGUACGUCGAAAGACGAAACAGUAACGAUGCUACCGUUGACCGUCGACCCCGACGGAAACAACAAGGAGAAUGUGCCUCCGAACGAUCAAAGUCAGUAGAGCCGGAGGAUCGUGAGCCGCCCGCACCCAACACGAAAGCAAAGACCCAACAACGGAAAAAAGAACGCCACCGCCAGUCGCCGGAAUUGUGUAUCGAUGAAACGCCAUCCGAAUUGUGUGAACCGUGCGAGCGGAAGCACUACCCGUACCGUAAGCCGGACUGCCACUAUCCAUCGCAGUGCUCCAAAUCGACCGAAACGUCAUUUUUAACCCCCUCGAGGCUGCGCGAACCACCACCGCACUAUUGUGACCGCUCCGUUGGCGGGAUUCCGAACUACUCGAUGCUGCUCAGUCCGUUGGAGCAGCUGUACAUCGAUCGACAGUACAGUGGCCGCCCGCUGUCGAACCGUGAUCAUUUCGAUCACUUUUUUCAUCCACUCGACGCAGACAGUGUGCCGCCGACACCGACACCGACACCGCCACGACGGCCACCGAGCAUGGUGUACGUGAACCGACCGGAACCACGUGUGCUCGUUCGGAACAAGCACAACCGGAGCACCAGCGUUCUGGCGCGAGACAAAUCACCACCGACGGUGCGCUUCAUUAGCAGCCAACAGUUGUACUCGCAGAUUGGUCGGGCGGUCGAGAACGCACUCAACAACAAAACCCUCAAUGCGCUGGCCACCAUGUACGGGGAGCCGAUUAUCGAGACGUUCAACGCGAUGGAGUCCGAAUCGAACGAGGCACCACCGGUACCGGCCGCCAGUGGUGGAACCGUGGCGUCGAACGAUGCCUGCAACUAUCGUUCGCUGGAACCGGAGCCGUUUAUUUGUAGCAGUGCCAAAGACAACCAUCAGCAACCACCGGCUCCGUUCCACCCCGAGCGCUCGCCGAGUCUGUCCCCGAUCGUCUACGAGGAAGAAAGUGGUGAGGAGAACCUGUAG